GCAGCAGCUUUACGGAGGACCCCAGACAGUCUGUGUGGGAUGCCAAAGUCCUGUCUGGACUGGUACGUGCCAAAACGCCGCUACCAUACAGCCUGAAAAAGAAGACCGCAUGAGCUGGAUAUGGCCCUAUAGCUACCUGAAAGGUGGUAAACAAAGGACAAAGACCUCCAGGGUGAGCACCAGUUUUGACUCCCUGGACCUUGUCCAGCGUUAUGACGCCAUGUGCUCGACCAUCCAGCCGCGCCCCAUCGCCUUCAUCAGCACAUGCUCCACGGCAGGCUGCAACAACCUGGCGCCAGUCGCCUUCUUCAUGCCCGUCACCAGCGAACCCGCCAGUCUCGCCUUCUCUGUGACGUGGAGGCGUGACGGAAGUGAAAAGGACACUCUGGUAAAUAUCAGAUCCACGGGGCACUUUGUCGUCAACCACACGACCCUCCCUAUCAUACACAAGGUGUUUGUAGCGUCCCAGGAGUUUGGUCCUGAGGUGGACGAGUUUGAGGAAGCUGGCCUGACGCCCGCCCCGUCCGUGUGCGGACCGGCGCCACACGUGCUGGGGUCGCCCGUCUCUCUGGAGUGCAGACUGCUCCACACGCUGCCUGUGGGGGAGAAACGGCACGGAGGGACCCACCGGUCGUCAUUGGGGCAGGUUGUGUACAUGCACGUGUCCGAGAGCUGCAUGGACGGCAGUGGUAUCCGCGGGGAGACCCUGCAGUCGGUGUCACGGGUGGAGGGGACUCGGUUCGCGGCCGGCGGGAGGAAGUUUGACAUCGUCAGCGAGAAAAUAUGGGGCAAGACAAAAUGGUAG